CAUAGUUUUUCCUUCCUCUUCUGACUUAUCUCACAUGCUCUGACCUCAGCUCCAAUCUGAGACCCUAGUCCCUCGAGCCGUCGCCGUGCCGUAGCUGAUAGCAUCACCGGCCGACGCCCCCCACCCGCUCCCAACCCUCCCGCCUCUCACGCGCGCCGCCCCCAUCGCCGUCCCCGCCGUAUCCACUCCGUCUGCAGUCGACGGGUUUUGAGGUGGACAUGCAUUUUGCAAAUGUCAGGCUCUAAUCAGAUGGCUUCAGAUGGUAAAUUUGGAAAAGGUCCUCGGGAGCUCACUGGGGCUGUUGAUUUAAUUAGCCGCUACAGGCUGCUGAACCAUCACAGUUUCUUUUGUAAGAAACCAUUGCCACUGGCUAUCUCAGAUACACAUUAUCUUCAGAAUGUUGUGGGUGACACUGAAAUCCGUAAAGGAGAAGGGAUGGAGAUAGAUCAACUCAUUCAGAAUCCAGACCCGAGGGAGAAGAAGACUGCUUAUAUUAAACCCUUUGACAUGGAAACACUAGGGCACGCAUUUCAGUUGCGAGAAACAGCGCCAGUAGAUCUGCCUUCGGCUGAAAAAGGUACUCCGACUAUAUCGGGGAAUUCAAAGGUUAAGUCCAGGGACAAAGUCAAGAAGCAUAAAAAGCACAAGGCGAAAGACAAGGACAAGGAACAGAAGAAGCACAAACAUCGCCAUAAGGAUCGGAGUAAAGACAAAGACAAAGAGAAAGAGAAAGAGAAAGAGAAAGAAAAAGAGAAAGAAAAAGAGAAGGAGAAAGACAAAGACAAAGACAAAGAAAAGAAAAAAGAGAAGAGUGUGCAUCAUGAUUUGGGAGGUGAUAAUUCCAAAAAACAUCAUGAGAAGAAGAGGAAACAUGAAGGAAUGGAAAAUUUGGGGGCUGGACGUAACCACAAAAAAAGUAAGGAAGCAUUUACUCAGUAUUUUAUUAUUGCCAUGGCAUGUUUCCUUCAAUAAUGCUUUUGUCCUUGUUACCAUUCCUUGUUGAUAUAUGACAGCACAAAAGCGCAAAAUUCAAUGAAAUGGGCAAUGGACUUUGUUUGGCGUAAGAUGUGACAUUCGUUUCCGUGUUAGUUCUCGUAAUACGACUCCAUGUUUUAUGCUGUUAAUGGGCGGCUCUGAAGGUUUUCUUGUCAAUACCACUUCCGAUGGAGUUACCACAGAUGGAAUAUCCUUUUAUCAAGAUGCCCCGGUUACAAGGGACGUGGCUAAUCAAAUCACGAUACGCCGUAAAUCAAUUCUGGGGGAACUUGAACUUGUCAUGUGGAAUUAUUUGAAUUUUUGUGUUAGUUUUGCGCCCAUUAGCAAUUCUUUAGUGUUGCCCUCCUAUAUGCCCUGUCCUGUAAUCCAGACAGAAGAGAAGGGCUUACCGUCAAGCCGCAUGAUGAUGUGACCGUGUACAACAGGAGACGUCACGUGUAGAAGAGAAAAAUUAGCCGUACACAUUCCAUGAUCCAGCAAACUCAAUGGUGGUGAUGAACCUUAAGAAGCCCGAGUAGUAUGUUGUGUGUACCAAUCAUGUUUUUCUAAUCAAACAAUCCCGCUUUAUUGCUCAGUUAAACAAGGUAUGUCAGAUUAUAAAAUUGAGUUGUUGCAUUUC